AUGCCACCGCAAAUCAAGCAUGAUCUCAACCGCUCCGGAUGGGAGUCGACCGACUUUCCCUCGGUCUGUGAGAAUUGUCUUCCGGAGAACCCCUAUGUGCAGAUGCUGAAGGAGGAUCAUGGCGCAGAAUGCAAGAUUUGCACUCGACCUUUCACAAUCUUCCGAUGGAAGGCCGACCGGACCUCGCGUCAGAAGCGAACCAACAUCUGUUUGACCUGCGCACGUCUGAAGAACUGCUGCCAAUGUUGCAUGCUGGAUUUGUCAUUUGGCCUGCCGCUACAAGUCCGUGAUGCGGCACUCAAGAUGGUCGCACCCGGCCCAGAAAGCUCUAUCAACCGCGAAUACUAUGCGCAGAACCACGAGAAGGAUAUCGAGGAUGGUAUCGGUGCGGUGGAGGAAUACGAGAAGACAGACGACAAAGCUCGGGAGCUGUUGCGCCGACUCGCCAACAGCAAACCUUACUAUCGCAGACCACGUCGGAUCGAAGGUCCAUCCAACCCUGAAGGCGAAGAGACCGAGGAGGCAGGCCCCUCGGACUCUGCACGAACACAAUCUCGCUAUGGCAACGGGCCUGGUCCCGUCCGCACCAGCGAGAGCCGUCUAGGCAACCGGCUUCCCGGUCGUGGAGGUGCCCGCGGAGGUCGCGGUGGUGGCCGUGGAGGUCGUCCAUUCCCCAGUACUGCACAGUUGCCUCCCUCGGCGGAAGACAUCAAACCCCCAGCCGAUCCCAACGUGACUUCUUUGUUCAUCACCGGUGUGGAAGACGAUCUCCCUGAACAUUCACUCCGUUCCUUCUUCGCUGAAUUCGGUCAGCUGCGCUCACUUGUGUGCUCUCACCGCUCGCAUUGCGCUUUCGUGAAUUAUGUCAAACGUGCCGACGCCGAGUCUGCCGCUGAGAGAUGCCAAGGCAAAGCUGUUGUCAAUGGCUGCCCCCUUCGAGUUCGGUGGGGCAAGCCCAAGCCCCUGGAUAAUAUGGACCGAGAGCAACGUAUGAGGAAUGCUCGUGAUGGUCGGGCUGCUGUGGGACCAGUAGCAAAGGGCGGUCCUGAGAAGAAAGCCAUCGCAGCAGCUGGCGGAGCUGCCAAUCAAGAGGAACAAAGCCAACCCUACACAGUGGCACCCCCUCCUGGUUCGGGCUCCGUGCAGUAUGCUAGUAUGUCUGGCGACUAA